UUCAACAGCAAAUAGAACCUUAAUAAAAAUGCAGCCGCCAUUUUAACCCUUCAUCGCACAGAAGCAGCUUCCUCAGACGCAAGCAUGUCAACGGAGGAGCAAAUCCCACCAACCCAACCGAUGCAGUACCUCUCCGUCAACUCUACCGAUUCAAGUUCUAAUUCUACCUCCGCCUCUUCCCAGAUGACUCCAGAAGAGAGGUUCCGUAUCGUGAGGAGUGUUGGAGAAGAGUGUAUUCAAGAGGAUGAGCUCUUCAAUCUUCUCGCCAAGAAGCCCCAACCCAUUUGCUAUGAUGGGUUUGAGCCUUCUGGGAGAAUGCACAUUGCCCAGGGAGUUAUGAAGACAAUCAAUGUGAAUAAACUGACUUCUGCUGGUUGCAAAGUGAAAAUCUGGAUAGCUGAUUGGUUUGCCCAGUUAAACAACAAAAUGGGAGGGGAUUUGAAGAAAAUUCAUACAGUAGGACGUUAUUUGAUUGAGAUAUGGAAGGCUGUUGGGAUGGAUCUUGAAGGGGAUAAAGUAGAAUUUCUAUGGUCUUCGGAGGAAAUUAAUGCUAGGGCAUCUGAGUACUGGCCUCUUGUGAUGGAUAUAGCUCGUAGAAAUAAGCUUCCUAGGAUAAUGAGGUGUGUUCAAAUUAUGGGUCGUAGUGAGCAGGACGAGUUGACAGCAGCCCAGAUUCUUUAUCCAUGCAUGCAGUGUGCUGACAUUUUUUUCCUUAAGGCUGAUAUUUGUCAGUUGGGCAUGGAUCAAAGGAAAGUGAAUAUGCUUGCGAGAGAGUAUUGUGAUGACAUCAAGAGGAAAAACAAGCCCAUUAUUUUAUCACAUUACAUGCUUCCAGGUUUACAGCAAGGGCAAGAGAAGAUGUCAAAAAGUGAUCCAUCUUCUUCCAUCUUCAUGGAGGAUGAAGAGGCUGAAGUAAACGUGAAGAUAAAGAAGGCAUACUGUCCCCCUAAGAUUGUUGAAGGGAAUCCCUGUCUGCAGUACAUUAAAUACAUUAUUUUCCCAUGGUUCCAUGAAUUCAAAGUGGAACGCAGUAUGGAAAAUGGUGGAGAGAAGACAUUUAAAAGCUUUGAAGAACUUGUUGCUGAAUAUGAAAGUGGUGAAUUGCACCCUGGUGACGUGAAACCUGCUUUGUCAAGGGCACUAAAUAAGAUACUGCAACCUGUACGUGACCAUUUCAACAAAGAUGCUAAUGCUAAGGACCUGUUGAAACGGGUUAAGGGUUAUAGAGUAACACGAUGAUGUGGAAGAGCAUGUGCAUGCAGUUGCACUCGGGCUGACUUGCAAAGAAGCUCACUUUGGGUUUGAUUGCAUACACUGAUACAGAACUUGAAUUAUAUUUGGCAUUCAUUUUGAUGUUAAUAGCUAAUUUAUUGAACUCAAGCAAAGUUUACAAUCUUGUUUGAAGUAAUUAUUUUAGGAUUUGAAAUCUGCAAUGCAGAUAUAUAUGUGCUAAGCAAAUAGCCAAAUACACUUGCAGUGUGCAUUAUUACAAAACAUUGACAAUAUUUCUGGCA